AUGAGCGCCUCUCAGAACCCGACAACCAGCUCGAGCCCGUCCACAGCCCAGGACUCUGAUAAUCCAGGCUUAACAGCUGACGAACUUCCAACCCAACCUAAAUCUCAGAGCCCAACCAAGCACAAAGGGUUUCCAGAUACCGACUUCUUCAACAGCUUCGCCGAAGAUGGUUCACGCCGCUCUCAACGGGCUAGGAAGCCGAUAGCGAGGAUGGACUCCGAACAGGUACCUUCCCCACAUCAACCACCGAAGACGAAACUACGAGCGAGAAAAAACCAGCCCAAACGGCCGCGCAUGACGGCACCCAGCCCAUCCGCGGCCGAGGCAAGCUACACCGACACUGGCCCUGACAAAGCGCCAAAAGAGGCCGAAGCCGGAUCCUCACCGGCAAGCAUAUUGGAAACCGACACGGGGAAAGCCGCCGAAGCCUACCUCUCUGACAGUGGGAACAUUGACACACCUGGUUUUCAAACUACACCCUAUGACUGCUGCAACGAUGUGUGA